AUGGCGGAUCUAGACCACUGGAUUGACAUUGCAAGACAGUGCAAAUAUCUCCCUGAAAAUGAUUUGAAGGUAACGCAUGCUGAUCUAAGUACCUUUUACUUUCCUGUUGCAUUUUAUGAAUUACAGUCAAGUCAUUCUUUGGGCCAUUAUUGACAGAAAUUGUGCGACUACGUUUGCGAAUUGCUGCUCGAGGAAUCAAACGUCCAGCCAGUUUCCACACCGGUUACAGUUUGUGGCGAUAUCCAUGGACAGGUACUUGGUUUUUAAUUACAGUUCCUAUUCCCUGUUAUUCUAUUAUCCUACAGAAGCGGUAUUUUUGUAAGAGGAAACAACUUGGAUACCGUGUGGCACGAAAUUUUUGCGGGAGUAUAUUUUUGCGGAUUGGCGAUUUUUUGUGUUUUGGGGAAACUAAUUUUUGCGAUUAGGACAGAUUGUUUUUCUUGCUGGGAAUUAAUUUUUUGCGAUUUUCAGAAAGUAACCAGUACCCAGCAUUGAUAAUAUUUUCGUUCUUAUUGAGUACGUGCAAUAAAAAUACAUUAUUUUCAAACAAUAAACCAAUAUUUCGUUGUAUACAGUUUUGUUACUUAUAAAAGUGACUAGUUGUGAUUGAACAGACACUUUUUCUUAGUAGCAUAUUUUUCUGUAGCGAAUUUAAGUAAGAAAAUAAUUUCUCUGGAGUAAAUUUUUGGGGGAAAAAUGUUUGCGGUUAUUUUUUUAUUUGCAGGAACUUAUUUUUGCGGAUCGCUGGAAAAAUCGCAACUGCAAAAAUUUCGUACCACACGGUAUUAAAUGAGGUUGAUCAUGAAAACAAGAACAUAUUAUCAUGAAGUGCAGCCAUGUUAUUUAUUCCUCAUAUUUCUUGUUACACAGCUGUAUUACAAGAUCAACAUCAUGCUAUGGGAAAUUUUUAUUAUGCCAUGACAGCGUUAUUAAAAAAAUUUCAAAUGUAAGGAGUUACUUUGGCUCAAUAGUUACCAGGGGAAGGAAAUAGUUGGGGGGAUGCCACACUAAGUUACAUGUACAUGCAUUGUUCUACAUCUAUAGUUCUAAUUCACAACAGUUUCUCAUACACGUUAAUUGGUUAGCGCUAUAGUCACAGCAUAUUAGGUAAAUAAAUAAACUAGUAAUAGUUGACACUUCAGCUGCCCCCAGUCUGUAUAUUGUCGGUCAAUAGUAUUCUUGCUCCUUGUGUAGCUCUUUGAAAUAUACCGAUUCAUAAUGAAGAUGUUCACACAUAUUUCAUACAAUAGGUGAGAUAAAUACAGGAAAUAAACGUUCCAUGCACAGUUUCGGUUCGAUUUACACAGCUUUGAUCAAAACAUUCUCAGUUUUGAGAAUAGUUUAUUCUAAACCAUAAGAAAAGAUUUAAUUAGAAUUUUAAUUUUUCACUAUUUAUAUUUCACUUUUUACAUUAAUUUUUAGCUCAUUUUAUUUGCCAGAAAUUAAGCCUUCGAAAUUAAAAGGAUGUUUGAUCAAUUCAUGCUCGCGCAUUCUAGUCUUAUUUUAAACUUUAUAGCAGAAGGACAUCUGUGAGCAGGGAAUAAGUCAGCACAAAAUUUGAUGGUCGGCAAAUUUCUGUAAUCGUCCAUCAUUCUGCUAGUGAUAAGCUAGCCGUUGAAUCAUUCACUCAUCUUGCCUGUUUGCGGCUGAGUCUUAUUCCGGUCAAAGAAAGAGAAAGAGUGUCUGGCAAGGUUUCCAAUCAAAGAUUUGUGAACUCGUGUCUGGCAAACUCAGUUAGUGUUAAAAUAUACACUGUUCUUCGCUCUUUACAACUUCAUCUACAUUUAACGAGUAUCUUUUGGUCCAUAACUUUCAUAACAACUGCUCUACAGAAUGUCACUGAUAAUGCGUAACACAAAUGAGUAUCGAAGUAUGACUGCAUAAUUUUAAUUUAGAUUUUGUGACAUUAAAAUCUACCUAUUGUAAGCUGUUCCUUCGGGAUUUUUUGUGUUUUACAUCAUCCUAACCAUUUCGUACUUGCGGGGGCAAACAAUAGAAAUGUCAUCAUUAUCUACCGAUUCCUCGCAGCCCCUGUUCAAGCAAAUCAAGAUUUUUUCUAUAUUGACUGUAUGACUGUAUAUUUCAACUGUAAGUACUUUCCUUAAUAUACGCGCGAGUUACUAGAGUGCCUCCUCGGGAUUUCGCCUUCUGGGCGAAAUCCCUGUGGGGGCAAUAAAUGAAUAAAUAAAUAUAAAUUAUACAAUAUGUAUGAAUAACCCUGCUUUAAUAGAUACAUCAGGAAAGAAUCGCCUGCUAUGACAUACAACUAGGACUAACGUAGGUUGAAAUCAAUCUCUGAGGUUGCACGCUUAAAGGCAUUAAAGUAGUAACCUCGUUGUGAAUAGAUUGACAGUUCUGUACAGUUGUAGUUCUUGUAAACCCGGGAGAAAUGUUCCUUACUGCUGGAAUUUUUAUUUUUCACUUUUUGUUUGAACAAAAAAUGCAAGUUGCUAAAAGAUAUAGCCUGUCGUACACAACUGUACAUUUCAUGGAGGUGGAUAAACAUUUUUUUGCUUUGAAAUUAAAACUAGUCAAUAGAUGUCUGGCAAUCAAAUUGCACUGAGAGCACAGUGUAUUUUAACGGCUUGAUAUGAUGGCAAUUUAGUUCCAAGUUGUGUUCACUUUGAAGGUCAAACAGCAGUGUAGGAUAUAAAAACAUACCACUGUACGUCACUGAAAUGAAGUUUAAGCUAGUUUAAGCAGGGCAAAAUGGAUAAGAAAAAGCUAAAAAAAGUGUUUCUGACUUGCCAUAUUGGAUGUUUUUUCCAUUAUUAAAUGCUGUUGGUUAGGUUUGCAAAGUUUUCAGUAGCAUUUGGAAGUGCCGGAUACAGAGGUUCAGCUGGUGCUCUUGCACCAUUCGUGCUGUAGGCACAAACAUUUAAUGUUUACUUUAUCCCUUUAUAUUUUUUCAUGAAACAGUUAUUCUAGGAGCGUCCCAGGGCAUGCUCUCCUGGGAAAGUUGUAAACUGAACUUGCAUUUUCCUACAUCACUGGAGUGGAAUUGGUUAACUGGGAAGGUCUUUUGAAAAAAAGCUCCCAAAAAGGAAAUAAUUAUUUGAUUUGGCAAUUAUAAUUAUCAGUUUACAGUUUUUUGCUUUAAACAAAUUCCUGAUGACAGAUGCUCUACAGGUAGUAAUUUAAAUAUCCAGUCCAGACUUUGUUGAAUUGACAUACCAGAAAAAUCACUUUACUGAAGUUUUAUCAGUGAAAAUCUUGGUGAUGCUUCUGGGCUGAUCUCAGUCCUUGGAUCUGAUGAAGACGAUCUCUAGAGAAAAACAAUUUUCACACCUAAAAACUGAUUAUUUUGUUUGUGGAGUAGUGGAUGUGCAUGUCAAACAACUGGACAUUGCAUCUGGCAUCCGGCUUGAAAUGAAACCUCUGGGUUUGUGGCAUUGUUUUCUUUGUUUGGUUGAGAAAAGAUUUUGGAGAAUAUAUUCUUUCCAUCAGACAAUGUCUGUGUGGAAAGGAAUUUCCAGAUUUGUGUAUCUUUGACCUGAGAAGUGCAGCUUUCAAUUUUAUACUUCUAUUGGUCUGAUUCCUCCCCAGUUUUAUGAUUUAGAGGAGCUCUUCAACACUGGAGGCCAAGUUCCUGACACAUCUUAUGUAUUUAUGGUGAGUACCGGUACUAUUGUUUUAUAGCUAGUGGCUAUUCGAAUGGAACCAGUACACUGACUUGUAUUAAUUUAUUUUGCUCUUCAUAUGGGAUUAAGUCUUGUUGUGAAAUUUGUAAGAAUUCUCUUGAAAUUUCUGCUCAACAAAUGUUUAUGAAUUCAAAGUGUAUGUCUCUUCAAUUUUUAAGGAAAAAAAAAAUCUGUGGCAAUUUUUCAAGAAAACAAGAAUCGCAGAAAGGCGAUUUUUAACUGGGCUGCAAAGCGACUAUUUUUUCUGAGGGGAGGGGGAGGCUAUACACACUCAGGCUACCAUAAAACCUUGUUGACGACCAUUGCAUGAGACAGAAUCUCAUGUGAGACUGAAACAUAAACUCAUUCAGAAAAAAAAAGAGACCUUUUUUAAGUGGGGGCUGUAUAAUAACUUUUAAAUUCCACCAUUAUGAAUAAAUAUAAACAAGUUAGCCAUUAAUUCUAAGCAGGAAACAAUUUGCAUUAUUUUCACUCACCCUUCCCCCAAUCCCUCUGUGCCCCAAAAUAUAGCAUGACAGUAUAACGUGACUAAUUUGACGUAACCGGAAGUUCCAAAAAUUGUUGUCGUUCUACAAGCAUGAUGCGCUACGGCAUACUGUAAAAUUCCGAAAAUAAGCCCCGGGGCUUAUAUUUUUCAAAGGCCCUUUUUGGGGCUUAUUUUUGGAGGGGCUUAUAUUCAGAGGGCUUAUCUACGGAGGGAAAUUUGCGUUUCAAAAUCGAUCGGGCUACCCUUAUAGUUGGAAGUAAAUUUACGGUUUUUGCUUUGUUUCACUUUGUAUUUGAGGGCAAUUUCCAAGUACAAGCCCCCGGGGGGGCUUAUAUUUGGUGGGGCGAUUUAACGGAGGAUUUUUUGCAUUACCAGUUUAGGGGGCUUAUAUUUGGAGGGGCUUAUACAUGGAGGGGCUUAUUUUCGGAAUUUUACGGUAGCUGUACUACGGCUGUUGUAACCAGGAAGGGCUGGGGCGACUACGCGGUCUCCGGCCAAAACUCAAAAUGGUUAAGUUAUGCUUGGUAUGGCAACGUCACAACACAGGUGGCCCAAGCCUAAUAUGGGCCGCCUGUGGAAAAAUAGAGUUUGAAACUUGGAUGAAAUAAAUGAAGUAAAAGCGAUAAAAGUUAUCAAUAAAGUGUAAAUAUUGUUACCUGGAGUUGUUGUCUUUGUUUUGUUGCUUCGUUUAUAUCAUUGGCCGAAUGAAAACAAAGAAGCUGACCUUGCUGGGACGUGGGUGCGUAGAGAUUUGUCUGAAUGAAGUAAUGUCACCCUUCCCCGGGGAGUUAUUAUUUGACGCUAGCCCCCAGUCACCGCCGAGUGACAAAACAGUUGAAGUGUUACACUUUUCCUACUCACGGAUAAAUGGUGCCGAUUUUUGAACUGUAGUUGAUCUUUUCGAUCGAGUUGUGCGACCCAAAUGCAAGGUUUACCGGAACAGAUUGCAGGAAGGUGAUCUUAAGGUACCACUUUGUGGAUUCGGGACGUAAAAUGUAAGUGUGUUUGUUUUUCCGCGUGAAAUUUGGAGUUGAUUCUGAGCAGCUUUGAAGAUCGAUCGAGCGAUUCUGUCCUUCCUUGUCUCUUAUUAUUACACUGUCAGGUCAGAUGAUGUAAAAGUACUCAAAUCACGCUGAAACUUCGUAAAAACAAAGACAACGACUCCAGGUAAAAAUAUUUUGCACUUUGUUGAUAACUUUUAUCGCUUUUACUUCAUUUAUUUCAUCUAAGUUUCAAACUCUAUUUUUCCCAUACAAACUCUCAUAUUACGCUUGGGUCACCUGUCGUCACAACCGACACAAAAUGUAAACAAACUCGGACGACAGGACUAGUUUUCCCGUCUAGGUUUUGGUUGAUUUCUCUUCAAUGGUUUUGUUUGGAGAAAUAACAGACCUUGCUGUGCUUUCUUAUGGUAUGAAUUUUAUAAAUGACGCUGAAUAUUUCUGUUGUUAUAUAAUUUGUAUAGCUCAGAAAACGUUUAUUUACCUGAUUUGUAUCCCGAGUUCGACCUUCAAAAUUCCAACGAAGAUGAAUGUUUGACAGACUUGCGUUUCAAGGAAGCUGACAUCCCAAGGCUUGCACGGGCUUUACAAAUCCCUGAUGUUGUAAGAUGCUACCAAGGAACGAUUUGCGACGGGAUUGAACAUUUAGUCUAAAUCUGUCUGGAUUGAACUAAUAUAAAUGUCACAUAACUUUAAUACAUUUAAAUGAGCGUUCGCUCGCUCUAGCGCCGGUAAAUUAUAAACAUUUUAUUCUCAAAGCGAAACAAGUUUUUAAGAACAGAUAAGUGAAAAGAUAAAAAAUUUUUAUUUAAUAGGUACUCGUGAAAUUACAUGUAAGUCUUGACUUGACAAUCACUUAUUGAAACUAAAACUUCUAUAAGCUUAAAAAAGCUCCCUUGCAAGGCUGUCUGGUCUGCAGCCAUGAUUAUAAGGUAUCCAAAUCCUUUGAGUUUUCGCUUAAAUAACAAAGCAAUAAUACCUAAGGAAUAUCUAAGGAUGACUAAGAACUUAGUUGUUGAAGUAGGCUUCUCAGAAAAGCGAAAUAAGCUUUAAAAUGGCAAAGAAAUGACAGUUAAUACUCACGUAGUGAAGAGUACGGCAAAGAUGGUAAUUUGACGCAGCAGAAAACGAGGUUUCAGCGGGAAAGCUGCACUGCAACUUGCGUGGUGAUGUCACCGGAAGUGAUUCUGACCUUAUGUAGCCGUAGUAGCCCCUUGCGGUAGCGAAUCUUAAAGUCCCUAAUGCGACAGACUGAGCUGAUUUACACUAGACAGAAAUAUUGUCUUGUAUGAAAACCAGAAGUAUACUAAAACAGACGGUUAACUGCCCAUUGAUCCCGCCUGAUCCAGGGGCCUCACUGACUGCACUGAGACUUAACUGCGCUUUUCACAAACAUGCAAACUCUUAAGUUCAAAAGCCACCUUCACAAUAAAUAUUGUGUUUUUCGCUGCCAUCACUCAUAAUUACGAUCCCAAGCAACGAACCUUGAAACAGAGAAACACACAAAACGGAUUGAAAUCCACAAAUCACAAACCAUGACCUUUUGAACCCGUGAAGUAAAGUUUUGUUUCCUAAGAGGUCCGUUAAGAUGAUUGAUAGCAGUGAAACUUCAGAAUUCGCAUGUUUUUGAAAAGUGAAGUAAAUAGACAAUCCUAAUUUGCGGUCUACAGUCUACAUAAAAACGCACUAUUUUUUCCACAAGAUAAAAAAUAUCAUGCCGUUUUAAGAUUUUCCUCUUGGUAUUUUUCUCUAACUUAAAGGAAUAAAAUCCUUUGCAUUUUGUGACCUAAAAAAGUUUAAAGAUUUCUCGCUCGCAUGUUGCGUUCAUCUGCACGCACUUCAAACAAUGUAAAUAGAUGAAACGAUUGAUAACAUUUUUUACCUGAUACACUCUUUUUUUUAAUAAGAAUAUUGUUUUCCAGGGCCAGGCUGAAUAUUCUUAUUUUUCCGCCGAUUUUAGGCUGUAAAUAUUCUUGUAUUAUUCUUAGUAAUAGCUUAUGACAUUUCCGUUUUAGAGUAUAUUAAGGUAUCAAUUAUAGUUUUGUUAAAUAUAGUUAGCUAGUUUUGCCGUUUAAAGAAAGGAAUAAAUUGAAAACGUAUAUUUGUAUCGUAUUUACAGAUUUACACCACACAAAAUUAUCCUUUCCAAAAUCUCAGCCUGGAGUUUAUUCUUAAAGUAUUGUUAAGAUUUUGCAAAUUUCAGCCUCGAUAUUCUUAUAAAAUAUAUUCUUAUAGAAAAAAAAGAGUGUACCGAUGUGAGUUAAAAAUUUGCUCCAGUUCUGUUUGUCUCACCCAAGACUAACUUUUCCUCAUGGAAGAUAACUAUGCCGCUUUAUAACUCGUCCGAAGUUUUUGUGCCAGCUAAACAAUAUGGAAACACUAUUCACAGUGACUCCUUGUAUUGUAUACAUGUAUUAAAAAGACUGAACGUGAUGCACUAUUAUGCCUUUGUUUACCUCUGAUCACAUCUUCAAGUGAAGUCUCUCUUUUCAAGCAAUUCAUCUCAAUAGUUAAAACCCUAUGGUUCAUUUAUAUUAAUGCUUUUUUUGCCCCUCACAUUGACUGUGUUUGUUCAUAUUCAAAACACCGUUAGGAAAAUAAAGGUCAUUCUAAGUCAUGUGUAUUAUGUUUCGAGAUAAAUGGAUUAUACGCUUUUUUAAGUUUCCAUUUUGCGGUGACUUCAGUUUACAUCUCCAUAAAAUGGUAGAAGAAAUAUCAAGAAACAUCACGAGAGCUGAAAAUUUUCAAAGGCAUGUUUCUGAAACUCGCUAAUGCUGACAUGAAUAUAGCAUGCUUGCUGAAUGGGUGAAAACACAGAAUUGUGAUCACAAGAUCAUGUACAAAUUUAAUGAUAAAAGCUUAGCAAGAUACAGGUACAAACAAAAGCAAACCCCCUGAAACCUCGACGUGGGCUACACUUGUGUGCUCUACUCAGUCACCAAACCUUGUCAGUAAUAGCUCCUAUUUUCCUCAAGUCGCUCUUUGUGAAGCUCCCGGAUGGGAUGUCCUGGUGAAGCUUUGAACUUGUGUGCGAAAUUCUCAGAAUUCCUUUUGUUGUCCAUGUCUUCUUUAUCCUCAGUAUCCGAAAUUUAGACCUCCAAAGUGGGGUGUGUUGUGUUAAGUAGAAGGAGAUUUUUAAAUGAAAAGCCAGUUUUAUAACAUGGCAAAGUUGUCACAUAUUCAUCUGGACCAUCUGCCAUUCGUUGACAACUGAGUUGUUCGCUUCACUGACUACGACAGCAUACAAUCGAGUCUUCAGCCAUAGUGUCGUCAACUGGUGAAAUACUUUGCUCAUAAAUUGUGCUUAUGAAUUGCUCACAUACUACAUCGAUCGAUAAUUCUCUCUUUGAGUUCACGAAGCGGCCCCGGCGUUCCAAACCUGACACUCACAGUCAUCUUUUAGUGUAAACCUACCGUGAACGGUGUGUCAGUUUGUAUACAAUGUGAGCAUUUCUCUGAGUUUCCCAGUGCCAACAUCAUCAACUGACUUAAACUCGAAAACUAAAAAAAUUAUAGAGUGACUCCUAUGAUCAAAUCGCUUCGAACAACGCAAAUAGCCUUCUUCAGUUUCGCAACGCCUUCUGGGUUCUGGGGGGUGGGGGGCGGAGAUGAGGUACAAAAGUAUCUGUGCAAGGGUUCGUGCAAGGGAAAAUCCUAUGAAACCAUUUGUGAGAACAUCGUUUCUCGGUACCAGACCCUUGUGUCUUACCUCCCCCGGGAGGCCGUUUUUCUGCCCCGACGACCGAAAACCGAAUUUAUGACUGGGCCGCACAGGCAGCCCAGUAAAAAAUUGAGUAUGGCACGACCGUGAUUCAAACCUGGGGCAUAGCGACUGCAGAUGACCACCUAAACCACUAAACUAUAGAUUGUUCGCUGCUGAGUAAUUGUUUGAUUUCGAUUUAUUUUGCACCCAACCCUAACCCUAAAAAGAAGCUAACUGUUUCUCAGUGCUUAAUCCUAAUCAGUAUGGUCAAUGCUUAGCCAAUCAUUAUUUUCGUUGCUUAACCCUAAUAAGUAUUGUCAGUGCUUAACCCUAAUCAAUAAUAGUCAGAAUCCUGUCUGAAUAGCAAAUACAAGUCGAUGUAUGGGUCCCGUAUGAAUAGCCACUAGGUAUUUAUAAGUUAAUAAAGUAAGAGGCAAAGUAGUACAGUGUACAGUGUAAUUCAUCAAUCUUUCUUUGCUAUGUGUUUUAAAUUUAUUUACAGGGUGACUUUGUAGACAGAGGUUAUUUCAGUUUGGAGACAUUCACAAGAUUACUAACAUUAAAAGCCAAGUAAGAAUUUUCAAUCAAAUUUAAUUUUAACCUGUAUACAAUGUAUUAUUUAAUACAGUAUAAUUUAGAGGCCAAGUGUGACAAGAGGCCAAGUGUGAGUGAUCAUUGUUUCACCAAGCACUAAGAGAUAAGACCUUUCUAAGAUUAUGGCAGAUUCCAUGGCCUCUGCCAGAUGUAAAUACCAUUGUCCAAAUUUGGUGCAUUUAAUGAUAAAUAAGCUGACAAUUUUGAGAUUUUAGUUAGAAUCUACAGCUUAUUAAUUGCGUUUUGAAAAUGACGAGGAUUAUACAUUUAUCUGAAAAUGCAGAUAGUCUUGAUAGUUGCAACCAGUAGGUAGCAGAUUCAUGUAGAUGUUCUUAUUCUUGAAUUGGUACACUGGGCAUGAAAUACACUGAAAUCAUAUUGUAGGAAAACAUUAUUGGUAAUUACAUAGACUGGAUGGUUUCAAUGGAAAUGUUUGCCCUCAUUUACAUUGACACAUGUACACUGAAUGUUGUUUUUGCUUCAGAUGGCCUGAUCGUAUCACACUUCUCAGGGGAAACCAUGAAAGUAGACAGAUUACUCAAGUUUAUGGCUUCUAUGGUAUGCUACAUUAUUUUACAGUCAACUCCAUAUGCCAGCCAUUGGGAACUUUCAAAGAAAGGCAUUGGCUUUAUAGGGAUUCUGAAAGAAAACAUAAAGGACUGACAUAAAGAACCCACACCACUGUUCAAAAAGAGUACGGGAGGUACCACAGACCUCAGUGGUGUGGCCAACCUAUUCUGGGCUUAGCAAUGAUUAUCUCUGUUAAAAAACAUUAAACACACUUAUCAAAUAGUGGUGUAAUGAUUAAUCAAAUUCUCGCGAUUAUGACCGUUUGGUUUGAUUCACGAUUCUUUGCUUCCAUGUUUCAAUUUUAGUUCAAUUUUUGCACACCGUUUCCAGGGUGCCCUCAGUGAGUUAUUAUAUUCUAAAAUAAGAAUCCAGAACUCUUUAAUGUGCGUUUUUGAUUGAUGAGCAAAGACGAUAGCAGUUCGUUCGCAUUUUGUGUUGCGGGGUAAAAAUGCUGUCCUUCAACCUCCCCUUGAGAAUUUCCAAAUAAGGCAAACCAUGUGCGAAACGCUCUUUGUCAGGUUCUCAAACAUGGCGACGAACCAAGCAACUGUGAAUCCUCCUGUGCCUGUUACCAUUCUUAUAUUGAGGAUUUAGGGUUGCAUGUUGUUUACAUUGCGCGUUAUGUUAGAAGAAUUAAGAAACAUUUACAUAAUCGAAUCGAAAUCGAAUCGAAUUGCAAGGAGUAUGAAUCGUUACACCCCUAUAGUCAAAUCAGCGCAAAAUCAAUCAUUUUCCAGCAAAAUUUGCCCAAAAAAUCCCCACGAAAUCUGCCGUUUUUCACCAAUUGUUUUUCGGCAAAGUUAGCCCGGAAAAUUCCCACGAAUAUGUCUCUGAAAAUCCAGCGAAAUUUGCCUUUUUUCACAACCUAUCAUAUUAAUCAGAAGCCCUGUGGUAUGACGCAACCCAUUAGAUUUGAUUGUUUGAAAAUAUUGCGGACAGAGCCCGGUAUAAAUUUGGAGGUAACCUGGCUUUGUUUAUGGAAUUUGGCAAAUUUAUGAUGAAAGCAAAGCAAGAUAGGAUGAAAUGUUUGUUUUAACUUUACUUAUUUGAUUUAAUUCUAAAUCAUAGAGAAACUUGGUCGCUAAAGUGGCAUCUAAACCAGAAUUUUUAGUUGUCAAGGAGAAAAUGUUAGUCGCAUUGGCGACCAUAUCAGUCGCAAUUUUGUGAAUAGAAUAAUGCGUCAAUACUUGAAAGUACCCAGCACUGCCAAAUUUGCUCCUGUCUGCUGUACGAUAAGAUUUGUUCAAUAAUGAAAAAAAUGCACAUAAUAUGGAUAUUUUUUGGUAAUAAGGUGCAGCAUUAUUUUUUCAAAGAAAUUUUGCUUGAUUGCUCUAAAUCUGUUGUCAUUUUGGAAUUUGAGUACAUGUAUCUUCACAUAACAAAGUAUAGAUUUUUAAAGCUCUAGCUUGUUUUCAUCUUUAUUUUUUUUGUCAGUCCUAAGUAUUUCUUCAUCUUGUAAAGCUGAUUUAAUUAUUAAUUAGACCAAACUGCAGAGUAUCCAAAACAAAUCAAUAUAAAAUUGACUGUUCGAGCAGUGCUGUUGUACAAUGUAUGCUGGAUAACCAGGUAAAUUAUUUCAUAGCAUUUGAGCGUAUACAUUAAAUACACAACAACUCUCUUUGGGGUUCACACGUGGCAGCAACUUACAUAUAUACAUGGGCUUGGCGCUGAACUUCCGUCACAUGUAUUUAAUCCUGAUAAACAGGUUUAUCACUCACGUAAAUAAACACUCCUUUCUCUCAUUGUUCUGCACUUUUCCUCAGUUUUAACUGUUGCAAAUUGUUCUGCUCUUAUUGCAUGAUUUUAACUGUUGCAGAAAGCAACAUGAUGUGGUAUGAAAACUAUAAGUGCCGUUUCAUAACUGGUGUUUUGAUAGUAAAGGGCUUAAUGACUGAGUAAGUAAAAUAACCUUCACAUUGGUGCAUUGUGCAAUCAAAAAGAUCUGUUGACAACCGUUCCUGUAUGCUGCAACUGAAAGGUUCUUGUUGAAAAGUUUGGAGUGUUUGGAAUUUGUAGGGCAUGUAGUGCCCAGUGUAUUGUUCUAUCUCACUUUCACACUCAUGUAUGGGGGCAUCAUUACUCAUUCCUUUAUUACUUGUAAACUGCACCUUAACCCCCAAGCAGUGAACAUUGUAAAUCAUCCCUGAAAAGCCCUGAGGGGAGUGGAUAAUAUUUACAUUGACAUUGACAUUGACAUUGACAUUGACAUUGACAUUGACAUUGACAUUGACAUUGACAUUUACAUUUACAUUAACAGUGUGGUAACCAAGACUUAGUGUACUUUUUAUAGCAAAUCUGUCAAAUUUGGGCAGCGGUACUGCAUUGUGAAAUAUCGACACCAAUUAGAAACAGAGAAACAUAUUGAUUGACUGAUAAAGGUUAUUAUUACAGUGUACUGACAAUAUUUAGUUUUAACAUGAUGUAGUUAUUGAUUAUUUCUUUUACUUAAUUUUUUUUAUGUUGUUAUUUUACAGAUGAAUGCCAAUCAAAGUAUGGGAAUGCAAAUGCUUGGAGAUAUUGCUGCAAGGUGUUUGACCUUCUAACCGUUGCAGCUGUAAGUCUUCCAGUCUAAUUCAUUUCAAAAUAUCUCCCCUGAAUAAUGUUAUCUUACACUGUGUAUUGCUCUGCUCCAUUUUUUUCUCAGAUUUUUUAAGCAUUUCAACAAAGAUAUCCACAUCCACAAAAUGGUGUCAGCCUUGAGAAGUUUAACAUUAUGAAUACAACUUCUUUGAGUGGUCAUUUUUCUUUUGUAGGAAGGGUUAGGUUUCUUCAUCAGAGCAAAUCUGCACUAUUUGCUCUGAUGAAGGGUUAAGGCUCAAAACAUACAUGUUAUCUUCUCAAUUCCCCUACAGUCGCCAAUUCGCCUUAUCGACCCUUUUGAUAAAACUAAAUUCGUAAUAUUAUUUUUGUUUUAGGUCAUUGAUGGGCAGAUUCUGUGUGUUCAUGGUGGUUUAUCACCAGACAUCAGAACCCUUGAUCAGGUGAACAGAUAUCACUUUACAUGUAUAUUUAUAGCAAACAUAGUCAUGCAUUUCAUUGUAGCCUUUUUAGGCAAAAAAAAUAAAAAUAUAUAUACAUAUGUAAACCAGCACUUCACUAAAAGAAUUUCAUGUAUAAUUUAAAGGCCACGAUCCAGGUUCAAAUACUGUUUUGGAUUUUUUUCUUAUUUUGCACUUUUUGACUGAUCUCAAGGCUGUGCUCUAAGAAGAAUUGAAAGAAGCCCAAUUCCUUGAACCUGUGAAAUCCAAGCUAGGUGCCCAACACAUUAGUUCAAUGAAAAAACUAAGAUUCCCUACAUUGUAGUCGCCCAAGAGCAAAAGUAAGGUACCAGGGGCUAAUGGGCACCACCAGACCACAGCCCUGGAAUUUUAAACUUACCAUACAAUAAUAUUACAGGUAAUUUAUGUGUUUACCGGUAUAUGUCGUGUCAGUUUUGGUCUUAGUAUUACUGAGAAGUAGAGUAUAAUGUUGUGACAAAGUUAGUUAUUUUUUUCACUGAGAGUGGUGCAAUGUUGUUUGUAACCUUUUCUUAUGUUUUUCUUCAGAUUCGAACAAUAGAUCGUAAUAUGGAAAUUCCUCACAAGGGAGCUUUUUGUGAUAUCCUUUUAUACACUGAACCACAUGUUCAACUGUUAAAGGGACACAGUCAGCUGAUGCACAUGCUCAUUAGAUACAAUUUCUUAGCUGAGUAGUGUGCAUAUCACGAGACACAUGCGUGUAACAGAAUAUGAGAUGCACAAUUUUUGGAAUAUGUAAACAGAUCUUGUGGAGUUGAACUAGUAAUUAACAAGUCAAAAUUGUGAGUAUAGACCCCAAGUCAUAUCAGAGCACUCAUUUUCUAUACACCAUUGAAUUGCAUCCAGCGGUCGCUUUAAAAUUUGCAACACCUGCUUUCCUUUUGGUGAGUUCUAAAAUAAAGAAAGGUUAUGUUAAAAGAACAAAGUUUCCACCAAAAAAUGUGUUGGCAAACAAACUUGAAAUUUUUGCAGGGAAAUUUUGUCAAAAUUUCACUGCAUUUAAGAUGUCGAGGAAUGGCUCAAGGGGUUAAAUGUAAGCAGUGGUUUCCAACAGAAAGUACUCUAUAUAAGUAAUCGGCUCCUGAUAUAAAAUGCCACAUUUCAUCUCCAAAAACAAUGCAACAUGGAGUAAAAGUGACAGGGUGGCCCUCCCAGGGAGGGGGCAGGAGGGUACUCCCUUGUAUAAACCAUACAGGUAUGUGCCACCCCAAAGGGUGACAUAUUUUGGUCUGAAAUAGGGCGGGGUUUGGAGAACUGGGUGGCACACCCCACCAAGAAUUCCCAGGAGUACAUCCCCACCCCCUGACUAUUUUUCCAAAUCUUUGUUUAUGGCGAUGCAGUUUAUUCUCCAACUUGGGAGGUAUAGACCAUGAAAAAAACUUUUCUGGGCGAGCAUGCCUCCAGACCACCCCCCCCCCCCUCCUUGGGCAAGGCAUGGGGGACCUUGCAAUUCCUACUCUGAAAAGUUGUGAAAACAUUGGUCCCCCACCUUCAAGUAACAUAGGCCCUAGAGAGAAGAUCAGUUUCCUUAUUUGAAGGACACUUAUGCUUAGGUAUUAUCCUUAACAUUUGGCACAUCUUGUGUGGUCUGACCCCGAGGAUGUGGAUACUUGGGCCAUCAGCCCCAGGGGAGCAGGAUGGCUGUUUGGUGCAAAAGUUACAAAUGAGGUAAAAGAUGUGCAGUGUUCACCCAUAAAAUAACAACUAGCAAACAAAUGUAUAAUAUGGUGUGAGUCAUGACUGCAUUUUGAGUUGGUCAUUGCUUAAAAAAUGAAAUCUUGUUUUCAUGUUCCUACUCAUUUUUUUUUGUCCCUUUGUUAUCUUUCAUUAAAAAAACACUUGUUUCUGACAGUUUGAAAAGAAGCUCACUUUUAUAGUGCUUAUAAAAGUUCACUGUAUCCUUAUUUUCUCAACCUUUGUCAACAUGACAAGUAUAAAAGUUGCCCUUAAGACAAGUUAAAAGAACAUUGGUAAAUUGGAAACUGCUCUUUCACACCAAAAUGCUUUACAGGUAGUUGUUUCUUUUAUUGAAAGUGCUCGUAAUAAUUAUGAGUACUUUUAGUAAAAAGUGUGGUUGCAGUGCACACGCAUGAAAUAUGCCUAUUAUCAGAGAUAAGAGAAAGAGAGAGACAUUUUCUUUCAGAUUUUCUGUAACUUUGACUGUUGGCACCUUUCAUUUUUGGUAGAGAAGGGCCAAAGAAGUGGCCAUUCACUUUGUAAUCCUUGUUUUCUUUUCACAGUUUGUCCAUAUCAACAACUUGAAGUUGAUCUGCCGUGCCCACCAGCUGGUCCAUGAAGGGUACAAAUACAUGUUUGAUGAGACGCUUGUGACUGUUUGGUCUGCUCCUAAUUAUUGUUACCGUUGUGGAAAUAUUGCUUCUAUAUUAGCAUUCUCAGAUGCGGAUACCCGUGAACCCAAGCUAUUUAAAGCAGUACCUGACUGCGACAGGGUGAUACCACCCAGAACAACCACGCCUUACUUUCUGUAAAUUGCUGUACAUAUAAAUUAACUGGUUUGAGUAGAAUAUUUUACAAGAGUAUCUACGCAGUCGAACCUCUAAUAAGUUACUAAAGGACGCCUGAAGGAGAAGGAAAGAUUGAGUGGAUCCUGCCCCCCAGUUGUUCAAAAGGUGGAUAACGCUAUCCAGCGGGUAAAUCACUGUCCACUGGAUAAUGCUAUUAGUUUCCCUAAUACUUAUCGUUGGAUAGUGAUUUAUCCGGUGGAUAGCCCUAUCCAACUUUUGAACAACUGGGGCCUGGUCUGGAACUCUGAAGUUAAGGGUUCCAAGUGGAGGACAUCAGUGAUAGAGAGGACUGUUCUGAUGUACAGUGUAUAGUUCUAUAUUGAUGUCAUUUCUGCGGUUAGCAUCCAGGUAGUUUGAUUUUGAAAUGGCUGCUUUUGAACGGUUUUCUGGAAUGACAGAUGUCGGUCAGUGGACCUCCAGACGUUGUUCUAGUCUCUACUAUACUAAGUUUGUGUGUAUACAGUCGUUUUGCAUACCUUUUUGAUACGUCAGACAACGUUUGGAUAUUAAGGUUGGCCAAACUGUAAAUGGCUUAAAACGCUAUUUUCUUAAACACCGUCUAAUCUCUGUUUUAGUGACCAGCCCUAGGAGUCAAAUCAUGUCUAAGGGCGUUUCCAAAAGUCAGAACUGGCUGGCUAGACCGGGUCAUUUUGAAAAUAAAACGUUAGUCUUUUCUUGAAAUUUUUACUAAAACGCAUCACUGCCCGGCGUGCAUACCUUGUAGAAAUAAACUGAUCUGGCUGGAUAUUCUAUUAGAUUAAUAGUGGAAUUCUUCCGACAACUUUACUUAUCUUGCCGGCUAUUUCUGAUAAGCUCUAUAAGCGUUUUUAAGAAGUACUAUUAUCACACUUAUUUGAUUCAUCAGCGUAAAUUUUAUGUAGUUUUAUUAAUUUGUUGUCUUCCUCACGUAAUCUGGAAUCACACCACAUGUCUAAUGAAAUUACAGACUUGUACCUUAUUGCAAUUAAAAGUAUCGUAUAUUUGUUUCCUUCCUAACCUGGCUAUUUUUCAUCAGGGACAGGCUGUUCAAAGCUGGGUUAAGAUACACGAGGGUUUUUGUUUUUGUUUUUGUUUUUAUCUCUAACUUGAUGAUUGGAGUCUAUAAAACAAAUACAGAGAAUUAUCCGAG